AUGGCAGUCAGCCGUUUCAGGGACCAUUGGCACCAUGUGGAUAUCCUGGAUUCUCUUUGGAUAGAGAUGCACUCAGUGCGUGCAAACAGCCCAUUACGGCAGUCUGCAGAAAAGCUACCGAUUAGACAAGAGUACGAAAAUCUUAUCGAAGCACCCAUGUCAGAUCAGACUUGGCAUCAGAAGUACCGGAGCAAGGGUGCUGCAGCAACCGGAGGAUUAGGAUCGCGAACCAAUGGCCCAAUGGGAAGACCCAAUGAGCUACAUAUCCUAUGGCUCAACGGGCUCAAAGAGGUCUGA